AUGGAGGCGGUUGUGAAGGCCCUCGUGGAGGCUAGCUUGCAGAAGCGGGAUGCUAACAAGCAGCAGCCAGAAACUAACAAGCUGCUAUUGCAACAUUGUGGAUUGAGCAAAAUCCUGGAAAAUGGUGAUGACAUUGUCCUCCCACGUCAGCGUUGUGGUAUUUCUGGCGCUAGUAUCACAGGCCAAGUGCUGUCCUAUUCUAUUAAAGUGGCUUCCGGUGUCAGUGUUCAGGAGGGUCUCUGUACCACAGUUCCUUGUAACUUCAUAGCUGACGGUCGAAAUACAUUCAAUAAUUCCUUUGGUUACUGGAUGCAGAUGCCUGUAAAUCUAAAAUCUAUUGUAGCAUCUAAUGAUAAAUCCAGUGAUGUGCUAAAAAACAACUUCCAUCUGACGGGAAAUCCAGAUUCUGGAGACUGCACCCUGACCAUAACUGAUGCCAGGAGAGAAGAUAAGGGGAAAUAUUACUUUAGAUUUGAAGAAAGCAAAGAGAGUAAUGUAAAAUAUAAUUAUUACAAAGAAGUGACCACCAUUAUUACUGUGACUGGUUCUGUCUGUGAACUGCUCCCUGGAUAUAAUAUAGAUACAAGUUCAUCGGUGACGGUGCAGCGAGGUCUCUGUGUCCAUGUUCCAUGCUCAUUUACUGUACCCAGUGAUGUAUGGUUAUCUAUAUCUACCACUGGUAUAUGGUAUCAUCUCUACAAUGGGAAUGGACAUCCUGUUGCUUUAAAAAACAAUUCUGUGCAUCAGACAUUAGGACGCUUCUUUCUGACCGGAAAUGUGUCCAGCGGAGACUGCUCAUAUUCCAUAGAAGACCCAUUGCCUGCAGAUGAGGGAAGAUAUAUUUUUAGAUUUGAAGAUGGUCCCGUAAAGUUCACCUAUCGGGAUAUCCAGCCUCAUGUGAAUGUAACCGAUCUCACAGAUAAACCUAUAAUCUCCUCUACAAGGCUGGUGGAUGGAGAGGAGGUGACUUGGACCUGUACAAGUCCUGGUAGAUGCCGGAAUAUAACACCACAGAUUACAUGGGAAGGACCCAUGACUGGUAUAAGACAGAAGAUGUAUGAUGUCACCUAUGGAGAUGGCAGCAGAACCUUCCAUUCCAAUAUCACAUUCACCCCAAGGAAGUCAGACAACAAUUCUCCAUUAUUCUGUAGAGUGACCUUCAAACCAAGCGUGACCUCAGUGAAGAAGAGGACGCUGAAUGUUGAACAUUCCCCAUCUAUGAAAAUCACCAUGGAAGGUGCUGAUACUGAUGAUAUCACCGCUCUGAAUGUGACGGACGGGGAUUCUAUAACUAUGAAGUGCAUUGUAGACAGUAACCCGGAGGCUUCCAUUACUUGGUAUAAAGAAGACAUUGAGGUCCAGCGGACUAUAAGUGACCGGACUGUCACCCUUACACUCAGCAACAUUACCCAGAGUGAUGCUGGGAGAUAUCGGUGUUCUGCAGAGAAUGAACAUGGGGCCGCACACAGGACGGUAGAAAUCAUAUAUCACAAUUCCCCAUCUAUGAAAAUCUCCAUGGAAGAUGCUGAUAUGGAUGAUAUCACCGCUGUGAAUGUGACGGACGGGGAUUCUAUAACUAUGAAGUGCAUUGUAGACAGUAACCCGAAGGCUUCCAUUACUUGGUAUAAAGAAGACAUUGAGGUCCAGCGGACUAUAAGUGACCGGACUGUCACCCUUACACUCAGCAACAUUACCCCGAGUGAUGCUGGGAGAUAUCGGUGUUCUGCAGAGAAUGAACAUGGGGCCGCACACAGGACGGUAGAAAUCAUAUAUCACAGUAUCUAUUCACAUAAUUUUGGAGGAUCCAAAUUCCUUAUCCUUUUUGCAAAGAUCGGACCAAUCUGCUUCCUGCUGGUGCUUGCAUUGCUGGUGUUUGCUUGCUGGAGAAAAAGACAGAAGAAGCCGACAAACGCUGAGACUGAUGACACAUAUACUGAUCUGAGGUUGUCAGGUAUUACAAGUACAUAUGAUCAGCUGAAGCCCGAGAUCCCUGCAGCCGCCAAUGUUCUAGGACCUGAUGUGGGUGCAGCUCAUGAAUAUGAAAACCUCAAACUGAAUACAUUUCCAAAAUAAGAAAAUUUGUGAUAUUGUUG